AUGAAGCUCACCGUCAAGACUCUGAAGGGCAGCCAUUUCGAAAUUAAGGUUCAGCCCACCGACACUGUUAUGGGUGUAAAGAAGAAUAUUGAAGAUGUGCAAGGAAAAGACAAUUACCCAUGUGGACAACAAUUGUUGAUUCAUAAUGGAAAAGUAUUGAAAGACGAGACUACAUUAGCUGAUAAUAAGGUCAAUGAAGAUGGCUUUCUUGUUGUCAUGCUUAGCAAGAGUAAAACAAGCACAGCUGCGACUUCAUCCACCCAGCAGCCUGUCUCUACUCCACCUGUCACCGCACCAACUUCAAAUUUGACUGCCGCAGCAACUUCAAAUUUGACUUCGGCACCAACUUCAAAUUUGACCCCCACACCAACUUCAAAUUUGACUCCCGCACCUGAUGCUCAAGCACCGGCCUCAAAGAGUGCAUCUGCUUCUGACACAGCAACAGCCAAUGCACAGAGUGAUACCUAUGAUCAAGCUGCUUCCAAUUUAGUUGCUGGUAGCAAUUUGGAGCAGACUAUUCAGCAAAUAAUGGAUAUAGGUGGUGGAAACUGGGACAAAGAAACAGUUACUCGUGCACUUCGAGCUGCCUAUAAUAACCCGGAGCGGGCAGUGGAUUACUUGUACUCUGGCAUUCCAGAAACAGCAGAAGUUGCUGUCCCAGUGGCUAGGUUUCCUGCAGAUCCAGCCACUGAAACAGGUACAGCUCCACCUGUACCUGCAUCCGGAGGACCUAACUCAUCUCCAUUGAAUAUGUUUCCUGAGCAGACACUUUCUGGUGGUGGAUUGGGCACAGGCGCCGUACUUGGUUCUCUUGAUUUCCUUAGAAACAAUCAACAAUUUCAAGCAUUGCGUUCGAUGGUUCAAGCAAAUCCUCAAAUUUUGCAGCCCAUGCUCCAGGAGCUUGGAAAGCAAAACCCCCAGCUUUUGAGAAUGAUUCAAGAGCAUAAUGCAGAAUUUCUUCAGUUAAUAAAUGAACCACUUGACGGUUCUGAAGGAAAUGGUAAUGGUGCUGGACAUCUGAAAAAUGUUGAUUUCAUGCUAUAUCACACCACUCAUCGGGAUAUAUUUGAUCAACCUGAUCAAGAGAUGCCCCAUGCUAUCAAUGUGACCCCAGCUGAACAAGAGGCUAUUGAACGGCUUGAGGCAAUGGGAUUUGAUAGAGCCCUUGUCAUUGAGGCAUUUUUGGCUUGUGAUCGCAACGAGGAACUGGCAGCCAACUAUCUAUUGGAAAAUGGUGCAGAUUUUGAAGAUUGA